AAAAAAAGUAUAGUCGACAGAGGGGGACACACAGAGAAACGCACAUAGACGCAUGCAGACGCACAUCUAGCUGUCCAACGGAACAUUGGCCCAUGUGUGUUUAUGCACACACAGAAAAGUGGACAAUUUUACAACUUAAUCAAGGAGUAGCUAUCUGAAAAUGGAGCGGGAGUUAUGGAUUUAACGCGGAGAGGACUUGAAAUGGGCGGUCUGCUGGUGGUGGUGUUGCUGCUGUGGAGUUGCUUGCUGUCGGCGGUUGACGGCUCACCUCUCCUCCUGUUUGCCAACCGGCGCGAUGUUCGAUUGGUAGAUGCAGAGGGUGUGCGGGGUGAGUCGGCUAUCGUUGUUAGUGACCUAGAGGAUGCAGCAGCUGUGGACUUCCUGUAUUCUGAGGGCCUGAUAUUUUGGACAGAUGUCAGCGAGGAGGCCAUCAAACAGACGCACUGGAAUCAGUCCUCCAACUCCCUUAAAGAGGCGUUGGGAACUGGCCAGACUGUGGUAGUAUCAGGGCUGGACAGUCCUGACGGGUUGGCCUGUGACUGGUUGGGUAGAAAGCUCUACUGGACUGACUCAGAGACCAAUCGGAUUGAAGUGGCCAAUCUGGACGGCACCUCCAGGAAGGUCCUGUUUUGGAUGGACUUGGACCAGCCCAGGGCAAUCGCUCUCAACCCUGCUCAACGCUACAUGUACUGGACAGACUGGGGAGAGGAGCCCAGGAUAGAGCGUGCUGGUAUGGAUGGUAGCAACAGGAAAGUUAUAGUGGUUGUGGACAUAUACUGGCCCAAUGGUCUUACCAUAGACCUGGUGGAACAGAAGCUGUACUGGGCAGACGCCAAACUCAGCUUCAUUCACAGAGCUAACCUGGAUGGAUCAGCACGUGAAACCGUGGUGGAGGGCACCCUGACCCACCCUUUUGCACUCACUCUGUCUGAGGAGACCUUAUACUGGACUGACUGGCAGACCCGCUCCAUCCAUGCCUGUAACAAGCACAGCGGAGACAAAACCAGGGAGAUCCUAAGUGGGAUUUACUCCCCUAUGGACAUCCAAGUCCUGGAGGCCUAUCGACAGCCUUACAUCCACACUCCCUGUAGUGACAAUAAUGGAGGCUGUAGUCACCUCUGCCUACUCUCACCAGUCCAGCCUUUCUACAGCUGUGCCUGCCCCACUGGAGUCCAGCUUAAACCAGAUGGAAAGACAUGCAAACCAGGAGCAGAGCAGGUUUUGCUGCUGGCUCGACGGACUGACCUGAGGAGAAUCUCAUUGGACCUGCCAGACUUCACUGACAUAGUACUACAGGUUGAUGACAUUCGCCAUGCCAUAGCUAUCGACUAUGACCCAGUUGAGGGUUACGUUUAUUGGACAGAUGAUGAGGUUCGGGCCAUCAGGCGAUCCCACAUCGAUGGUAGCAAUGCCAUGAUGUUGGUUACCACGGAGAUCAACCACCCAGAUGGCAUUGCUGUGGACUGGGUGGCCAGAAACCUGUACUGGACUGACACUGGCACUGACCGCAUUGAGGUUACCAGGCUUAAUGGAACCUCUCGGAAAAUUCUUAUUUCGGAGAACCUGGAUGAACCCAGAGCUAUUGUCCUGGACCCCAUUAAUGGCUACAUGUACUGGACUGACUGGGGCGAGCAUCCUAAGAUUGAGCGGGCCAACCUGGAUGGGACAGAGCGGGUGGUUCUGCUCAACAGCUCUCUGGGCUGGCCCAAUGGACUGGCUAUCGAUUAUGCAGCAGGAAAGCUAUACUGGGGAGAUGCUAAAACUGACAAGAUAGAGGUGAUCAACGUGGAUGGCAGUAACAGACAGACUCUGCUGGAGGACAAGCUGCCUCAUAUCUUUGGUUUUACUCUGCUUGGUGAUUACAUCUACUGGACUGACUGGCAAAGACGCAGCAUUGAGAGGGUCCACAAAGCUACGGCUGUACGAGAGAUCAUCAUCGAUCAGCUGCCGGAUUUAAUGGGGCUGAAGGCCACUAAAGUGACAGAGACAUACGGUACAAAUGGCUGUGCGGUGGAUAAUGGCGGAUGCAGCCAUCUGUGUUUCUGGUGUCGACAGGCUGUCAGCUGUGCCUGUCCCAUGGGGAUGGAGCUUCUCUCAGACCUGCAGACUUGUGUGGUGCCUGAGGCCUUCCUGCUCUUCACCAACAGGGACAACAUCCGGAGUAUCUCUUUGGGUACCAACAGCAAUGAUGUGGCCAUCCCUCUGACAGGAGUUAAAGAGGCCUCUGCUCUCGACUUUGAUGUCUCUGAAAGGAGAAUAUACUGGACAGACAUACAAGCCAAGACAAUCAGCAGAGCGUAUAUGAAUGGCAGCUCUGUAGAACAUGUCAUUGAGUUCGGACUGGACUACCCAGAGGGCAUGGCAGUUGACUGGAUGGGUCGAAACAUCUACUGGGCUGAUACAGGCACGAACCGCAUCGAGGUGGCCCGGCUGGACGGCCAGUACCGGCAGGUUCUGGUCUGUAAGGAUCUUGACAACCCACGCUCACUGGACAACCCACGAUCAUUAGCACUGGACCCAGCCAACGGCUACAUGUACUGGACAGAGUGGGGUGGUCGACCUCGUAUAGCCAGAGCCUACAUGGAUGGCAGCACCAUCACAACACUGGUGGAUAAAGUGGGGCGGGCCAACGGACUGACCAUUGACUACGUAGACCAUCGACUAUACUGGACCGACUUGGACACGUGCAUGAUCGAAAGCACCAACAUGCAAGGCCUUCAGAGGGAGAUCAUCGUAGACGACCUCCCUCACCCCUUCGGUCUGACUCAGUACCGAGAUUUUAUCUACUGGACAGAUUUUAACCUGCGCAGUAUUGAACGAGCAGACAAACGCAGCGGACUCAACCGCACUGUGGUGCUGCAGGGCCAGCUUGAGCUGAUGCUGGACAUUCUGGUGUUCCACUCCUCCCGUCAGGAGGGUACCAACGAGUGCUCCCAUAACAACGGCAACUGUGCUCAUCUUUGCCUUGCCACACCUGCUGGUGCCCAGUGCCGCUGUGCCUCCCACUACACUUUAAACCCCGAUGGACGAAACUGUAGCUCUCCCUCUAGUUUCCUGCUCUUCAGUCAGAAGGCCAGUAUCAGCAGGAUGGUCUUGGGAGAGCAGAGUCCUGACAUCAUCCUGCCCAUCCACGUCCUGAGGAACGUCCGAGCUGUAAGCUACGACCCGCUGGACCGGCUGGUCUACUGGCUGGAUGGACGACAGAACAUCCGCAGGGCCAGAGAUGAUGGAGCCAUGUCUUCCAUGAUAGUGAGCAGCAGCGUUCAGCCAGUAGAUAACCAGCUUCAUGACCUGAGCCUGGACCCCUACAGUCGCCACAUUUACUGGACCUGUGAGACAACCAACACCAUCAAUGUCCAGAGGAUGGAUGGACACACCGUGGGUGUGGUCCUGAAGGACGACACUGACAAGCCACGGGCCAUUGUGGUUAAUGCUGAGAAAGGGUACAUGUAUUUCACCACAGUGCAAGAGCGCUCAGCUAAGAUUGAAGGAGCCAGUCUAGAUGGGACAGAGAGAGAGUCUCUGUUCACCACUGGGCUGAUCAGACCAGUAGCUCUGGCUCUGGACAACAAACUAGGAAAACUAUUCUGGGUAGACGCCGACCUUAAACGCAUCGAGAGUAGUGACCUGACAGGAGCCAAUCGCAUCGUCCUCCAGGAUUCCAACAUUCUCCAGCCAAUGGGGCUGACAGUCCUAGGAGAUCAUGUGUACUGGAUCGAUCGGCAACAGCAGAUGAUAGAGAGGGUGGACAAACUGACUGGAGAUGGACGCACACGCAUACAGGGACGGAUAUCAUAUCUGACUUCCAUCCAUGCUGUGGAAGAGAUGGAUCCGCAAGAGUUCGCAUCCCACCCUUGUUCCCGUGACAACGGGGGCUGUUCUCACAUCUGCAUUGCUAAGGGUGACGGAACACCUCGCUGCUCCUGUCCCAUGCACCUGGUGUUACUGCAGGACCUGCUGCACUGUGGGGAGCCUCCCACCUGCUCCACAGAGCAGUUCACAUGCUCCACAGGAGAGAUCGACUGUAUUCCUAUGGCUUGGCGUUGUGAUGGUUUCCCUGAAUGUGAUGACAGCAGUGAUGAAGAGAACUGCCCCGUCUGCUCAGCCUUUCAGUUCCAGUGUGAUAAAGGAGGUUGCAUCGACGCUCAAAGGCGCUGCAAUGGUGAACCAGACUGCGCAGAUCACUCUGAUGAACAGGAUUGUGAAACCAUCUGCCCUCCCAACCAGUUCCGUUGUGGUGACAACCAGUGCAUCACAAAGAAACAACAGUGUGAUAACUACUCAGACUGCCCUGACGGAUCAGAUGAGCUUGCCUGUGAGUAUGUGUCACCCCCCUCCAGUGGCAUCCCUAACACUGGGCCUAACACCAUCGUUCCAGUCAUUUGCAUCAUCCUGCUCGUCUUUGUGAUCGGGGGAGCUUAUUUCGUGUGUCAGCGUGUGGUGUGUCGACGCUACAAAGGCCCCAGUGGAACUUUUCCCCACGAGUACAUCAGUGGUACACCCCAUGUGCCCCUCAAUUUCAUCGCCCCCAGCAGCUCUCAGCAUGGCACCUUCCAAGGUAUUUCCUGUGGGAAGUCUAUGAUGAGUUCAGUGAGUCUGAUGGGCAGCAGCAGCAGUGGAGCCCCUCUCUAUGACAGGAACCACGUGACUGGAGCCUCAUCCAGCAGCUCAUCAUCCACCAAGGGAGCCUUCUAUCCUCAGAUCCUGAACCCUCCUCCGUCCCCAGCUACUGACCGCUCUCUCUACAACACAGAGAUCUUCUACUCCUCCAACAGUCCGUCCACCACCAGAUCAUACAGACCCUAUCACCCAGUCCGUGGUGCAGCUCCACCUACUACUCCAUGCAGCACUGACGUCUGCGACAGCGACUACACCCCUCAUCACCCACCGGCUGGGCUGGCGUCAUCAGCAGGCCGCUGGAAGGCCUCGGGCCACGGCAGCCACGGCAAACACAACAAGUACUACAUGGACCUUAACUCAGACUCGGACCCCUACCCUCCACCUCCGACCCCCCGCUCCCAGUACCUGUCAGCUGAGGAGAGCUGCCCGCCCUCCCCUUCCACCGAGCGCUCUUACUUCCACUUGUGCCCGCCUCCUCCCUCGCCCUGCACCGACUCCUCGUGACCCUCCAGCAGCCCCGGAGCCCUGUAAGGAAGGAUGCAGUCCACUUGCUAUAAGAACUGGCCUCGUCUGGGCCACUUUACCAGGGAAAGAACUCAUGUGCCAACUUCCAGCCCUGACCGGCUCACACGUGCUGCUUUAUAUCAGCUGGUUAGGCUCAAGUGCCUUGUUCAAGGUUCCUCUGUCCCACAUUGGUCAUUUCAUCAUUCCAGUCAUCUUGGAGCUCUCAGGGUGACCAUCAUCUGAUCAGUUGUAUGUCUGUCUUCCAUGUUUCCUGCUCUAACAUUCACUCAGUCAUGGCAGGUUGAAGGUUUGAGGCCCUCGCUGCCUCGCUGCAGGGCACAAACAGAGAUGAGUGAAUACAGCCAGCAGCUCCCUCUUACAUUCUCAUUCCAUCUAAAGGAAAAAAAACUUCCUUUGUCGGGCCACUUCUUGACUACAAAUUUUUGAGACUUCCAUCUGUCCGAAUAUACAGUAACUCCUCGCCCCAUGCUGCUCUUGCCCUCCCUGAAACUCUUCAACAUUGAAUGAGAGAGAGUUAGCAGUAGGCACGGCUGUUGUGUGAAAGCCUCACACCAUUUGUCUUCUCCUGCCUCAUGGCGCCCUUGUUGGCAGACCAACGGCAGGACUGUAUAUAGUGUUAAAAUAAUAUGAACAAAAAUAAAUCAGAGAGGAAUUAUUUUACUAUUUUAUUCACGCUGGCUGAUCCACCACUCCAAGAGAAACACACGACAGAUAGGUGAGUGGAUAUAUGCAUGAGUGAAUGAUGAAUGGGUGUGUACAUGAGUACAUGUGAAUGUUCGGCUUGAUGUAGGAAAUCAGAUCAAUUUGUAGAUGCUGACUGAAUUAAUGUGUAUGAAUGAAUGAGGGAUGGAUGGAACAGGGCCAAGAUCAAAGUGUGAAAUCUUUUGUACAUUGUGUUGAAAUUGUGUCCCUCACGUUUCAAAUUGUGAAUAGUGUGUAGUUGAAUCUGGGGCUUUUUUGAAGUCAACCCAGAGACAAAGACUGAUCUGCCAACAGUCUCCCCUUUAUCCCAUGAAAUCACCGUGUGACAACAACAUACCAAAUGAAUAUCAACGUGUAAAGCUAUUGUACAUAGUAUGUGUAAUGAAGUCAGUGAUUGAGUUGUGA